AUGCCUCGGCGGUUGACAAGGCACUCAUUGGGUGAAAGCCCAGCUACAGAGGUGGAUACCAAGAGGAAACGACUUUCUGCGGGGUCUACAAUAAAAAGUACUGCCAAAAAGAGCAAGUAUUUUGAAGGUUCUGGUACGGAUGAAUCAACCAGUGACGUCGAUGGCGAUUCUGGCUCCGCUUAUGAGGAAGAAGCAGCUCAUGAGGACCAGGAUUCAGUCAAUGAGGAGGAAGGAUUUGAAGAGGAGUCCGAAGAAGAAAAACCAAAGAAGAGAGGGCGCGGACGGCCAUCAACUAGCGCAAAGACAAAGCAGCAGAAUUCGGGUGACGGUGCAGAAGACUUACCUGCCUUAAAGUCUUCCAAAGGCAAAGAAUUAUGGCGAGAAGGAGUCAAGGCAGGGCUGGGUCCAGGAAAGGAGGUUUUUAUCAAGAAGCCGAAAGCACGGGACCUGGGCGGCAUAGAUUAUAAGGAUGAUGCGAUACACCCGAAUACCAUGCUGUUUUUGAAAGAUCUCAAGGAGAACAACGAACGGCAGUGGUUGAAAGCUCAUGACGCGGAUUAUCGAGCUUCCAAAAAAGAUUGGGACACGUUCGUAGAGACUUUGACCGAAAAGAUCAUCGAGAAAGACGAGACCAUUCCGGAAUUGCCUGCAAAGGAUUUGGUUUUUCGCAUCCAUAGGGAUGUCAGAUUCAGUAACGAUCCCACUCCUUAUAAGACACAUUUCUCUGCUGCAUGGAGUCGUACAGGACGCAAGGGACCAUAUGCAGCGUAUUAUGUGCACCUCCAACCCGGACAUUGCUUUAUAGGUGCCGGGUUAUGGAUGCCAGAGGCGAGUAAACUGGCGCUUCUUCGGAGGGAUGUCGAUCGGAAUCCCGCGCGACUUAAAUCAGUCCUGAGGAACGCAGACCUCAGAAGAGAAUUCUUCAAUGGCAUACCUGAUGACGAGCGCAAAGCUGUAAAGGCUUUCGUUAGCCACAAUCAGGAGAGCGCCCUCAAAACCAAGCCAAAGGGCUACGAACCUGACAAUCCCAACAUUGAUUUACUCAGAUUGCGGAGCUACACCGUCGGGAAACCACUCUCGGAUGAAAUCCUACUCAGCCCCGAUGCACAAGAACGAAUUGAGAGUCUGAUAGAAGUAUUGGUGCCUUUUGUAACGUAUCUCAACAGCGUUGUGAUGCCCGAUGACCCGCAAAAUGAUGACGAGAAUGACCAAGAAGAUGAAAGCGAAUAG